CAGUGCGGCUGACCAAUGGGAGAGCGGGAGGGCGGGGCGGAGCGGGCGCGCGCGGCGGCGGCGAUGAUCGAGCAGCAGAAGCGGAAGGUCCCGGGCGGCCCCGGCGCCGCUCCCGCCCCCGCCCCCGGCGCCGCCCCCGGCCCCGACCUCCCGCUCGUGCCCGCGGCGGCCAAGCGGCCCCGCCAUGAGCUGCCGGGGGCGCCGGGCGGCGGCGGCGGGGGGCAGCCCCCGGCCGGGGCCCUGCUGCAGGCGGGCCCGCCGCGCUGCUCCUCGCUGCAGGCCCCCAUCAUGCUGCUCUCGGGGCACGAAGGUGAGGUGUACUGCUGCAAAUUCCACCCCAACGGCAACACCCUCGCCUCCGCCGGCUUCGACAGGCUCAUCCUGCUGUGGAACGUCUACGGGGACUGUGACAACUACGCCACCCUGAAGGGACACAGCGGGGCAGUCAUGGAGCUGCACUAUAACACAGACGGCAGCAUGCUGUUCUCGGCGUCCACAGACAAAACCGUGGCUGUGUGGGACAGCGAGACUGGAGAGAGGGUGAAGAGGCUGAAGGGCCACACCUCGUUCGUGAACUCCUGUUACCCGGCGCGGCGAGGGCCGCAGCUGGUCUGCACGGGCAGUGACGACGGGACAGUGAAGCUGUGGGAUAUCAGGAAGAAAGCUGCUGUCCAGACAUUCCAGAACACGUACCAGGUCCUAGCGGUGACUUUCAAUGACACCAGUGAUCAGAUCAUAUCCGGAGGCAUUGACAACGAUAUUAAGGUGUGGGACCUGCGCCAGAACAAGCUCACUUACACCAUGAGGGGACACGCGGACUCGGUGACGGGGCUCAGUCUGAGUUCGGAAGGCUCCUACCUGCUCUCCAACGCCAUGGACAACACAGUUCGCAUCUGGGAUGUGCGACCGUUUGCCCCUAAAGAGAGAUGUGUCAAGAUUUUCCAGGGGAACGUGCAUAAUUUUGAGAAGAAUCUUCUGAGGUGCUCUUGGUCCCCGGAUGGGAGUAAAAUCGCGGGGGGAUCGGCUGACAGGUUUGUCUACGUGUGGGACACCACAUCCAGGAGGAUUUUGUACAAGCUGCCAGGCCACGCCGGGUCUGUGAAUGAACUGGCUUUCCAUCCAGAGGAACCCAUUAUUCUCUCCGCGUCCAGCGACAAAAGGCUGUACAUGGGGGAGAUCCAGUGACGGGGCUGGCGGGAUCGGGGCCCCCGCCGCCCCGGCUGGCGGCCCCGGCGACGCGCUGCUCCCCGCGGCAGCGGGAAAGCGCUGGAGCGGCUCGCUGAGCCCCCCUGGCAGCUGUCCCGCCCGUUCUCACCGUACAGCUCCUUUCCACCCCCCAGUCUUCGGGGAGGAAGGAAAAUUUCAAAUUGAAAAUAUUUUCAUUUUGGCUGUAUCACCGACUAUUAAACCCCUACCCAGAUCACUUGAAAUUGCUGAAAUUUGUUUAAAUUCCACAUGUGGCUUGUAUAUUCCCUGUUGAAUGUCUGUUGUUUUUUUUUAUAUGGUCAAAACUGAAAUAGAUAGCUUUUUACAAGAA